UCCACAUGUCCUUUGCGUUGCAGUUGUGCUGUUUGCUGCUCUUGGACUCAGAUUAAUGAGAAUAUCAUCAUUUUUCUUUCACCUGAGAAGCAGCAGCUAGUUUCCUGUUGGGAAGGAUUUAACACAGGAAAUAGUUACUUCCCCAUUAGCCAGUGUUGGAGAUUGGACUCAGUGAAAAGAUCAGCAGGAGAAGAGGUGUAGUCAAUGUGGAGCACAGUUUUUCACCUGGAGAGGGCAGGCGCAAGGGAUGGCAUGUGCAGCAGCAGCAGCAGCAGCAGCAGCAGCAGCAGUCUCGUCUCCCAUCUAGCGCUGCCUCUCUGAGUUGCCUCUUUCUGGAGAGUGGAGAGGAACUCUGAAAAGAGAUUUUGGAGCCAUUGUCCCUUGUCGAAAGCAGGAGAGACGGGGGCAGUGAGGGAACACUUGUCAACCCAGGGACACCCAAGGCAACACACAGCAUGAUUUUGGGAGGCAUCAACCGGGCUGGGGCAGCAGUGCCGACGUUCCUGCGGACCCCUACGGUGAUCCAGCCCCACCUGGACAUGAAGCCCUUCCUGCAGUUCCCCAUGGAAACCCCACCUCCUCCGCACAGCAUGAGCCUCUUCCACAACUUCAACACGAUGGAUCCAGUGCAGAAGGCCGUGAUCAACCACACCUUCGGAGUUCCUCUGGUCAAGACCAAGCGGCCCGUCAUCUCCUGUAACGUCUGCCAGAUCCGCUUCAACUCAGAGAGCCAGGCAGAAGCCCAUUACAAAGGGAACCGCCAUGCCAGGAGAGUCAAAGGCAUCGAGACCUCUAAGAGUCGCCCUCAGGAGGGGGACAAGCCUCAUGCUCUGCCCCCCACCUCCUCACCAUCUCCGCCUGGAGCCCCUGGCACGGCCCCAGACAGUGAGCCCAGCAAAGCGGAUGAAACACGGCCUCUGCCACAGUUAAACGGGCCCCUGCUGGCCCCGGGGCCCCUUCCCCCUCUUCCGACCCCACCCACCCCACCCAUGGACUCCCCCAUGCCGUCGCUGUGCCCACUCCUUCCCACUCCCACCCCUCCCCUCAUCCCCCCGACCUCCUCCUCCCCGGGCUGCGGCAGCACCAGCUCGGAGCAGCCCGGGUCCGGACCUCCGAUUUCAGGAGCCGCUGGCACCUCGGCGUCCAGCAGCCCGUCCAACCCGGAGACGGAGGAGGAUAAAGCCAAGAAACUGCUGUACUGCUCACUGUGCAAGGUGGCUGUCAAUUCCUUGUCACAGCUGGAAGCUCACAACAAAGGUACAAAACACAAAACUAUCCUGGAGGCACGGAGUGGGCUGGGACCCAUCAAGGCAUAUCCUCGCCUGGGCCCGAAGCCCAGCGGAGAGCAGGGAGGGGGGCCAGUGGACCCCAACACUCAGGAACGAACCUUCCACUGUGAGAUCUGCAAUGUGCGGGUCAACUCUGAACUGCAACUCAAACAGCACAUAUCAAGUCGAAGGCACCGGGAUGGCAUGGCAGGCAAGCCUAACCCCCUCCUCAGCCGACACAAGAAGCACAGGGGAGCUGAUCUGACGUCUUCUUUGACCUUUUCCAAGGAUCUUACCAAAGCUUUGGGUGCCGGCCUCCUGCCCAACCCCUUGGCUGUUGCCGCAGCAAUGGCCGCUGCAGCGUCCUCCAACCAGCUGGCUCUCCGUGCAGCUGCUCCUGCGCCUCACCCACACCAUCACCUCUUGCAAGGCCCGCCUCUCAGCCACGCCAUCCUUAGACCCGCCCCGGGGCCCAUCCGCACCACCCACGGGCCCAUCCUCUUCUCUCCCUACUGACACAUCACCCUCUGACUUCAGCCAGUCAGAAGCAUCCACUCCAAAAAGCACACUGUGAAGCUACAAACACGAUCAACAAACAGCAAUUGACAAAGGGGGGGAAAAAAUCCAAUCAUUUAAAUAUCUGAGAGAAUAGCAAGGGAAAGGGAUAGCAGAAAGGAGUAUAUGUCUCUCUUUUUCCCUUUACCUAAAACUCUCCAUUCACUCUCCCUCCAUUUCAAAAGACUUCUGCAGAUGGAACGAGCAGAGGAGAUGUUUUCAUUAUGCAUUGAACUCCCUUGUACAUUUCUCACCUCCCCUGGUCCCUUGCACUGUGGCCCAUGGUCAUGGCCGCCUCCAUAGCUACAGAAGAAACACAUACAGAUCUUUCUAGAAACAUUAAACCACAUGUAGUGUUCCAUUAUUAUCGUGGGCCAGGUUGUUUUUUCUCCCCUCAUCGUGGCUCAACAUGCUCUUCUCAUCCUAUGCACCUCAAAAACCAAGACAAUAAUGUAAUGUCAGUAGGGUAGCUGCUUCCAUCGGUCUUUGCUCUGUGCGCCACAUGUAGCUGUGGCGGCCUCCACAGUACUGUACAUGGCCUGCGCUGCGCCGGAGGCCAACAGCUCUUCAAUUUGUGACACUAGGUCCUCGCUAGAUACAACAUGACUUCGGCUGACAGGCAGGUGGUAGCCGCAUCUGAACACGUCUGAUGGUUGUUGAGGGUGGGAGGAGGGUGAGGAGAACAGAAAAGUGACUGUGGGGGAUUGCUCUCCCCUGUCAUUUCCUGAGAGUCUGAGGUGAGAGGAGGGCUGGCACGGGUCAGCGGAUGGAUUGACCACAGGCAGCAUGCAGACACACACACACACACACACACACACACACACACACACACACACACACACACACACACACACACACACACACACACACACACACACACACACACACACACACACACACACACACACACACACACACACACACACACACACACACACACACACACAAGCCCAAGCAAAUCUGUGUUUUAAAAUAGACUGUACCAACAAAAAUUGCUCCGGGGCACAUCUGCCAACCUGCAUAACAGUCAGACAUUGGCCUCACCAAAGGGGAGAGGGGAUGGGAGAAGCAGCAGAAGUCACACAUUGGAACAUACUGUACUGCUGUUUAAUACAAGCCCACAAUCUGUAGCAUAGAUUGCUGUUUAUGGAAAAGAUCCUGUGCCUUUACAUGCAGGUAUAUAGAAAUACUGUACUGUAGAGAGCAUAGGUGAUAUUCGAUCAGACUUCUGUUUAGAUUAAGAUGCCGAAAAGGUUACUGGCAUGCUCACAUCUCCCUGGUCUUCAUUCACUGGCUGAUUCACUGUGUAGGUGGGUGGUUACGACCUUGGUGUGACCCUGUGUACUGAUGUAUUAAUGUUACUUCUGCAUGCAACCUCACAAUAAGGUCUUGCAGGGACAGGCUUUUGCAUCACUGAGUUGACCUCCUCCAUUCCUGCUCGGUCCUCCUCCUCCUCCUCACCUCCCUGAGAUCCAAAGGUUCAUAUGGGUGUACCGCGGAAGGCACAUCGAUACUGGCGACCAUAAUGCUGAAAGGGAACAAAUUAAAUAGAGGAAGAUGAAAGCCAAACACAUUCUUGGAGAAAUGAUCUUGAGCUGGAGUGACAACCGAGCCAGAAGCGUAGGGAAGCCGCCCGGAGCGGGAGCCAAGACGUCCAGCCCAAGGCAUCUAUCGAUACUUCCUGUCUUACAACUGAAAGCCAUGAAACGCACCAUGAUUUGUUUUCUUUUACAAAGACUGGUGAGCACUUUGUUUUGGUCGGUUCGGACUGUUGGUUUGCGUUUAUAUCACACAUUAAAAAUGAGCAAAACAGAAAACACAAUAAAAAAUAUUUUUGUAGGUAGGAAAAUGUUAAUAACUUCAUCCAUGAAGGGAAACGAAGAAAGGGGACUGUGGAUUAUAUACGUGACUUAGACAGACUGAUAAACAGGCAGAAGAACUGACUCAGUGGGGAGCCACAAAAAGCUAGCUAAGCAGCAGCAGACCUAUCUUGCCUGACAGCUUGAAACUAAAACCCUUUUCUGAACGAGAUGUACACUGUGCCCUUUCAUUGAGAAGCAAUGAGCUCUAAUGUCUUACCUUUGUCUGAAUAUUGCAAUGCAAUGAGCAAUUUUUAUCAGAGUGACUUGUUAUCAUUGUGACAUGUUGUGACAUAUUGUCUGGAGUCAUGUGUAAACUGGGAGCACGCCAGCUGACAGACUUUCCUGUUCUUCCAUGAGGAGUCAAGUCCUCUAGGGGACUGAGAGAGGGAUAAAGAGAGAUGGAGGUGUAGCUGGGCAUAGGGACCGACCCUUCAUAUUAAAGGGCCUUUUUACUAUGGUUAUCUCUGCUUGGGGAACAGGGUACAACACCAGGUAUCAAGGGAAUAAAGCUAGAUCUGGCUUUUUUUGUUGUUAAUUUGGAUUUACAGAGUUGCAUUAUUUUUUUUUCUGUGUGUGAGAAAUGUGUCUAAGUGAAAAUCCUGAGGAACAUUAUCAAUGCCAUUACUUAAAGAAGAAGCUGGCUUGGAGUCAGCUUCCACCAUUGUGCUCUUUUUUUUUUUUGUUGCUGAACGUAAUCUUCAAUUUCAUUUUGUGAGUGAGAUACUAUUCCAGGAUCCGUGCUCUCCUUCUGUUGGUGUGUGUACCAUAUGUAUUCUAGUGUGUGUUGGGAUCUGCUCUCUCCCCCACCUCCCACCAGUCAGACACAGAGGUAACCUGGAGCUAUAAAGUGGCCUAAAACACAAUAAUGGAGACAAGAACCUGCAUGGGUUUGGUUCUGGGUGAUCAAUCAUACUGGAUUCUAUCAGAGACUUGAUCAAUAACCCAACCGGACCAAAGUACCGCAAUGUUGUCCCUGGUAGGUCAGUCAAGUAGCACCACAGAUAUGUUCAUAUUGUACUUGAUAUGUUCAUAAAGUGGUAACUCCCAUCGAGUCAUCCUCAUUCUUCACAUUUGGGAAAUAAAUGUUAGAUUCCUAUUUUCUGGGCAGGUGUUUCAACUUAGCUGUGUUUAGGCUACUAGCCUUAGCCUUAUUUUGCCCUCAGUCUCUCUCAGAGCAGAGAGAGAGAGAUGGAGAGGCUAUGGUGUACUUUUGUCUUGCCAAUAAAGUUAUUUUUGAACUUCAUUAUCAGAGGGGGGAAAGAGUUUGUAUGGCGAAUUGUAGCAAUACCUGACUCAUUCUGGCUACUCUUGUUUAUUGCAAUAAGAAAAUUAAACAAUAAAUGUGUAUGUGAGUAAAACAUUAUAAAUGUAAUUUAAAUGAAAAAGAAACUUUAUGGUAAAUACUAUUGGUAUCAAGAGAAACCAUGGUGGAAAAAGUAAAUGUCAAUAAAUCAUUAAAUGAUA